CAGCCACCCUGGCCAACCAACCCACCUUGGACUUGGAUUGACAACCGAAACCCAAACAGGUCCAAGGUCGGCACCUGGUCGACCAGACUGGUCGAGCCGGCGAUACCCUCUCCCAUUCAACCAGGCCGUCAACAGUCAUUGUGGGAUACCCAACCGCCAAUUAACACCCAGUUCAGAGGCCAUUUCUUUAUCGGUCCAGGCACAGGCACGGUGUGGCCUUCCAGGUGACCGAAAAUCGAUAGCAACCCACAGCCCUGGCCCAUAGCCCACACAUGCCUCUCCUCGACGUUCCCGCCAACGUCGCUGCGCUCGACUCCCCAUCUCGGAAGCGAACACACGAGGACUUUGCUGGCAUUAAGUGCCACGACAUGGUGCAGUCGAAGCUGUCGUUUGCCGGCGCUGCCGUGCGCAGCCAGAACCAACCGACAGAUGCUCCCACUUUAGAAGUUAAGCCUAGCAUCGACGUUAUUGUGUGCCAGCCUGAUGCCACCGCCGCCGUCGACUCCCCCUCGCCCAACCAAACUCCUCCACGAUCAAAACCCACUCCUCCGACAUCCUCGACCCUCCCUCCAAGUACUACGAUGGCUUCGGUGGCUGCCACUGCCCCGGCAUCACAAGGGGCUACAAUCACUAUAGCGACCGCAGCGUCGGAGAGCACACACCCCACAUCCCCAAGCAAGACUCUAGCUCCCCCAUCCACGUCAGAGCCCCCAGCCAAACGCAAACGACUCUCUCCAUCGGAGAGGGAAGAGAAGGCAAAGGCGGAAGAGCUCAAAAGACAACAGAAGGAACAAGAGAGGGUAGCGAAAGCGGCUGAAAAGGCCAAGCUCGAGGAGGAAAAGAAGGCUAAAGCUGAGGAGGCCAGGAGGAAGAAGGAGGAGAAGGAUGAGGAGAACAAAAAGAAGCUUGAAGAGAAGGAACGAAAGCGGCGCGAGAAAGAGGAGGAGCAGCGGAAGUUGCAGGAGGCCAAGGACAAGAAGGAUCAGAGUCAGAUGAAGCUCGGGGCCUUUUUCAGAAAGGCACCAUCAACUCCCAGCAAGCCGGGCGCGCUGCCUUUCAAGGCUAGCGCAUCCGGCACGACAGGCAGCCCCUCGAAAGCUGCCCUGAAGAUGGAGAGCGGUGGUGACUCGUCGGCCCUGUCCACAGCCGAUUCUGAUGGCCUUGCUGAAUACCGCAAGAUUUUCAAGCCCUUCUUCGUCAAGGAAAACGUUAGGCUCGCGAGGAACGCGUUCGAGCUUGAUGAACCGGCAAGACUGGCCAAGACGAAAACUUUGGACUCUUUUGUCUCUGGAAAGGCCACAACGGAUAUUCCACGCUUCACCGGCGCCGCCUCAGUCGACUACUUCUGCCUGCCCGCCCUCCCCAAACCACGAGGCCGGCCGUAUCCCAGCGUUCGCAAAAUCAUGUCCAUCUUGUCAGAUGCCAGCGCCGGCUCAUCUGCGGCCCCCAUCAACCUCGACUCGGACCCAAAAACCCAACAAGCACACUCCCUAGCCACAAAUAGCGCACGAGAACUGCUGAAGGAGGUGCCCCUAAAGUACCUCUUCUUCUUCCAGGACGUGCGGCCUGCCUACUGCGGGACAGUAUCCAGCACGCCACCUUCCUCCCACAACCUGCACAAGCUGGCGAGGAAUCCCAUCUCCCGAGAUGUCCUCCCUCUGCAAUAUGACUAUGACUCAGAAGCAGAGUGGGUUGACGACGGUGAUGGUGAGGAUAUUGACGACCUCGAUGACGACGACGAGGACCACGGCGACGAAGACGAAGAUAUGGCAGACUUCCUGGACGAUUCCGAGGACGUCAUCAAGCGCCCGGUGUUUGCAUCCGGCAUGGAGCCCGAGAGCAGCGGCCUUUGCUUUGAGGACAACAAGAGGCUAGGGCCUUCGGACCAGAUGUACAAGUUCCGCAUGGAAUUCAUUCUAGACCUUGAUCGCCACCACAGCGUCGAUCCUUUUGCUACGCACUACUGGGAGCCCGAGGUGAAACCAGCUUCGGCCCCCACAACCCUCCACCCCUCUACCGCGGGCAGCAUGAAGCCUCCAGCGCUGGUGUCGUCAACGCCGGCGAACCCUGCCAACGCCUUUAUGGCAAUCUCGCAAGGGGCUGCAGCAUCGACCGGCAAGAAGCUGCUACUUGUGCCCCCUGAUACUGUGGAUGCUUUCAAGCGGGCGAUCCUCAAGUACCCCAAGCUGAGCAAGAUUGGGCUCGUCGAGAUUCUCAGCUCCGAGUUCGACAAGUGCACCAAAGCCCAGGUCAAGAACUCUGUCGAGACCAUGGCGGAGCGGUCCGGCAGCGGACAGGACAAGCUGUGGAGACUGAAGCCCGAGUUUGCACUUUGAACUCGCGCGGGGCCGAGAUGACACUCUUGGCCUUGUCUCGCCUUUGUUCUUAUUAUUCUUUGCCUUGAUUGGUUUUAUUGUGUUGGCGACAUGACUGAUGGCAAAUUACAAGUGUUCCACCAUUCUUAUUCUUCUCUCGACAUUUUGUAGCUAUUUUACUUCCUUUUAUUAUGGAGCUCCACUUAGCAUCUGGUUGACGGAGUUUGGGGUCGGAGGAGGGUUGUGGCGUUGCAGGCCACCAAUAAAUCGAAGGAAAAGAAGGGCGUACAUUGCUGUACUUGUAUUCUUUAUUGCGUUGUCAACACUGCCCUCGAAUAUUCAGUCGGGGUAUUGGCGGAUCUGCGAUGCAGGGUCAGAUCAGGGUCAGAUGCAGGAGGGUCGCUCCGUGGCAUACAUAUUUACAUGCUGCUGGCAACAUCCUAGAUAGCUACCUCGGUACCAACCCACUAGCCGUGCGGUUACAUGGCAGGUACUUGGAUGCGGUUUUGCUUUGUACCACACGAGCGCCCAAUCGACCGGGGUUAAUGCCAAGUAACAACGCGUCGCAUGUAUGCAUCUACCCGACCAACAGCGUCGUUAUAUUAUCCACGUGGUAGGAGCCG